UGACUCUCUUUCUCUCUCUUAGUCUCUUCCUUUUUCCCUCCCUUUACAACCAUAUAAAUAAGUCUACCAAUUCUCAGAACCAAAAAAUCUAACUACACCAUUUCUCAAGUUUCCACCUUCAACUCGUUCUUCAAACUCUUUCAGCACUACCACCCUUCAAAAGAAACUAAAACUAUAUAAGAAUGAUAUACUCCAGCCCACCUCUACUUGACCACUAUGGAGCUCUUUUGAGACACUCAUCAACAGCCUUCCAAAAAACUCAAGAGUGCCACUUCAAUAAUGGAGUGGUCAUGGAAGAAUGCCAACUGCCAUUGAUAGACCUCAGUGGCUUAAAAAGUCAUGACAUGUGGGAGCAGGCAGAAUGUGCUAGAGCUAUUUCAAAAGCUUCAUCAGAAUGGGGUUUUUUCCAAGUAGUGAACCAUGGGAUAAGCCCUGAGCUAGUCAAGAGGAUGAGGGAACAUCAAAUGAAACUUUUUGAAGCACCCUUUGAGCACAAAGCUACUUCUAGGCUUUUGAAUAAUUCAUACAGGUGGGGGACACCAACUGCUACUCGUCCUAACCAGUUUUCUUGGUCUGAAGCUUUUCAUAUUCCUCUCACUAAAAUUUCAGAUGAAUCUUGCUAUGGAGAGUUUAGCUCCUUAAGGGAAGUGACAGAAGAAUUUGCAGCAGCCAUGUCAAAUCUAGCAAAGCUACUGGCAGGAAUUCUGGUGGAGAACUUGGGCCACCGCAGACAAGUUUUGGAAGACAUUUGUGAUGAAAGCACAUGCUUUCUUCGCUUGAAUCACUACCCAGCUUGCCCAGUUUCUUCAGAGAUUUUUGGUCUGGUGCCACACACUGACAGUGGGUUUCUCACAAUUCUUUGUCAAGAUCAAGUUGGUGGACUUCAGCUCAUGAAAGAUUUCAAAUGGGUAUCUGUAAAACCAAACCAAGAAGCUCUUAUUGUCAAUGUUGGAGAUCUCUUUCAGGCAUGGAGCAAUGAUGUGUACAAAAGUGUGGAGCACAGGGUGAUGGCUAACAAGAUGGACAGAUACUCAGUAGCUUAUUUCCUCUGCCCUUCUUAUGAUUCUUUGAUUGGGAGCAGCAGAGAACCCUCAAUCUACAGAGACUUCACUUUUCGAGAGUACAGAAUGCAAGUCCAAGAAGAUGUUAAGAAGAUUGGACACAAAGUAGGCCUUUCAAGAUUUCUUCUUCCAGAUCAAAAUAUGCAUACUAGAGUAAUUCAAAGACAAUUUGGAUAGUGACUUAAGAAAAUAAAUGAAAAGUCUGUGGCGCCUCUGUUGAAGCUCGACUGUCCUGCGUCGAGUUCUUCAGAACCAUUGAAGACAGGUGACCUGCUUCAAGAUCCUUACAAUCAUCCCAGCUUCAAGACUUAUGGCUUCAGAAAUAUUUUCACUUCAUAAUUUUCACCCUAAAAGCAAUAUAACUGAAUACUAUAGCAUACACUAUGUAUAUUGAAAAACAAAGUACGUAUAUACUAUAUAGCUUAUGAAAGAUUUGCUCCUAAUUGUAUGAGUUUGAGAUAUAUAGAUAAUAAAAUAUUUUAUUAUUUCCUCAUUUUGCAGAUGUAGAUGGUCUUGUUUGCAAGUCAUCAUGAAACCUGUUACAUUCAUAUAAUAUGCAAAGGU